UGCAGAGAGUAGACUCCAGCUGCAGCAGCAGCUGACUAACUAUUGGAAAAUAUAACAACACAAAACAGGAGAAGCAAAGAAAACAUCUCCUCAGUUUGUCAAAUGUUUUAUAGGCGGUGAACGGCCACAACAGAAACUGCUGCAAUCAUCAAGACCUAAGUAUGGAGGAUUCCAGCCUGAUCAGAUGUGACAGCCUGGAUGCUGGGUCCGGCUGUGACGGGGAGGUGAUGGCCCAGAUUGACUGCAUGACCCUUGACCCUGAGGGUGAGCCUUCACCAGCAGAACUGGCUCAGUGUGAGGCUGAAGUGGGCACCCUGCUCAGCAUCAUCGCUGAACUGAACAAGAAGAUGGGAUCACUAAAGGCACCGAGCAGUGAACCAGGUGACUUGAGACCAUCACGACAAUCCAGGCCGCUGGUCCCAGACCUGCUGUCCCACCAGCUGGUUAGAAGCAGCCCAGAGAGGAUCACUGCCUCUGCUGCCACAUCUAAACUUCCACUGACUGAGCGAGGGGGUAGUGGCGUAGUCUGGACAAAACUCCAGGAGACUUUAUCAGCGGUGGAGGACUCCAUCAGCUGUAGGAGGUCUUGGGCUGCCCCCAUCACAGCCUCUGACCAGGACAAGCAAAAAGAGCAUCUGAGAGCAGCCAAGGACAGCUGGGUGAAGGCUGCUCAGAUUUUGGAGGAGAUGGAAAAAGAGUUUGGGAUUUCGUGUCCAUCAGGCUUGACAAAGGACCAGUACCAGGAAGAGACACUGGAUCAGGACAAGCCUGACUCUGCACUCAAAAGCACCUUACAGAGUCACCAGGAGGAGCUGGAGAGAGCACAGAGCACCAUCAGCCAGAUGGAAGAGGAGAAAAACAAGCUGGUGGGUCACUACAGAGCCUGGAGGUCAGGCAGUCGCUCUCCCUCCCACAGGCCCUCGGGCAGUCCCACUGCUGGAGCUCUCAGUCCAGACUGGGCCUCUCCUCCCUUCCCUGGUUCUCCUUUACUCCUCAGGAGAGCAGCCAGAGCUAUACCACCUUUGUCUCCUCGUGGGGACGGCUCUCCACUGGGCUCUGUGAACUCAGGAAGUCCUUGUCCUAGUCCCAUCAGUCCGGAUAUUGAGAUAGAGCGGCUUAACAGGUGCAUCGAGAGGCUGAAGGCCAGGAAUGAACGUCUGACUGCAGCUCUGGAGCGAAGGAAGGGAGAGUCGGAGCAGAUCAGUAUUACACUAAACAGACUUGAGGCUGACUGCUCUGCCCUGCAGAUGGCUCUCCGAUACUGCGAGGAGUGUGAAGAGGCCUACAGCGAGCUUCUGUCACUUUAUGAUGCCAAGAAACAGCAAAGCAUUCCUCUGCAGACAGACUCAGCAGAGGCAGCCGGUGGCAGGCAGCAGCCCGGCAGUCCAUCAGCUCAGCUCAGGAAAAUGGGAACUGAAGAGCUGUCCACCUCCUUCUCAACAGCAGGGGUCACAGAGGAGACGGAAACACAGAGUCACUCGGGGCAGAGGACACCUGAAUUGAUGGAGCGAGAGGCUGUUCUUCGCCAGCAAAUUGAGCGCCUGAAGAGGGAGAGGGCAGCCAUUUGCCUCCCUAAGCCAAGUCCAGGAGCAGAGGGCAAAAUGAGCCCCGACACCGGUACCCCGGCUGGGUCGAGAGGGGGACACGUAACUAAAGAUAACACCAGACCUCCUGACACCAAGAAAGAGAAGGCUUCCCUGUUCUAUGAACUCAUCUCUGUCAGGGAGGAGAUGUCAGAUCUGCGAUCUCUUAUCCGCCUCAAGGAGAAAGAGCUGAGGUGUCUGGAGUGGAGUUUAAUGGCCCAGAAGACCCAAGAAGCAGCAGGAGCAUUCAUCCCAGAAAGCCUCCGAGAGGAGAUGGAGGAUCGGAAGACUGAACAACAGAGGCUCUGUGAGAAUGCAGCUGAACUUUGUGCUGACGGAGACAUCGCUGGUCUUCGGGGCAGACCCAUUCUGAAAGAGCUGCAGGCCGUCCUGCAAAGGGAACAAGCCCUGAAAAAGAGGCUGGCUUUAGUCCAAGACUCAUUGAGCACAGCUCUCACAGACAGCCCCUCUAACAGGAGGGACAAUGAGGAGCAGAUUGCUCGGCUCACACAAGCUCACAGUAAGGCCUUGAGCUCGUACCGGCACAUUCGCAGGAAGUACCGGGAGCAGGUGUGGAGGCUGGAGCAGAAAGUGGCAGCCAUGAUGGAGAGUCAACACGCCCAGAGUGGAGCACCGAAGGCUGCGGGGGAGGCCUUGGAGUGGAGGAGGGAAGAGACUGUUCUGUGAUCCACUGAUUCUUCAAACGGAGACUCAGUCAUCCUCAUAGCCAAAUCUUAUCCACAUCAACAAGAAUGUACAAAUCUGUUGUAUGUAUUUUUAUUAUUUGUCAAGUCCUUGCACCAUACAGAUAUAAGCCUCAUCACUGCUGCAAUCUGUUUUUUAUUAAAUACUUGUAUUUGUAGGUAGUUUUCUGGUCUUGUAAAGACAUAUCAAUCAAUCUAUAUGUCUGUCCAUUCAUCAAUGCGAUACACAGCUUUCUAUCAGGUAUUCAUUGGCUCUUGAGAGGUAUAUAUAAAACAUAUAAGGCAGAAGAACAUGGAAAGCACUGUCAUUUCUGCCUUUUCAAUGCUUGUGAGCGUUUUCAAUAAACUGAACAGGAUUCCAAAGCUUAACUUGUUUAACAGCUACUCACACAUCACAAGACACAUUCCUUGUUUCAGAGAAACAGCUGUCAUGCAGUCAUGAAUGUAUAAGGCCGAUUCAAGGUCUGAACCCACUGAAGACCUCGGGACUGACCUCGAGAGUGCACAUGUCCUUUUUCCCGUAUGAGCUGACUCUAUAAAGCCACUCCCGACCGUGCUGUCGUGACAAUGCGCCGAGAAAGGGGGAUGGGGCCUGGA